AUGACUAAGACCGGGGGCUCAGGCGAUAAGCAGGACCCAAGCAAGAGCAUGGAACACGUUCUAGGAGAGCAGAAAGACUUCAAGGAAGUUGAUUCUAGUCUGGUGCUGUUAAUGCAGCGCCACGGGGGGGGCUGUCUCAUGCUUCCAAAGUACCACUGCGAGUGUAACCCCAUCGAACUUGUUUGGGGACGAGCGAAGGACUGGACUCGCAAGAAUUGCACGUAUUCGUUGGAAUGCUUGCGCAAAAACGUGCCGCUGAGUUUUAGAUCAGAGAAGGAUAGGCAGGCUGUUUCAGUGGUCCAGGGCUACUGCAAGAAGGCAUACACACACGCCCUCAUGUACCGCGAGACGCGUGUGGAAGGGCCUGAAGGCAAGAAGACGUACAAGAAGUACAAGUCACACAGGCGCCCGACCCCGAAGGAAUGGAGACAGUAGAUGGAUGGCGCAUUCUUGUUCGUUGAGCGGAACUCUUUCAGUUUUUUUCCCUGUUUUUCUGGAUGGAAUGUUGUACAAAAGCGACGUGUUUGUUGAAAGCUGGCACAUUUUUGCGACGGAAGUACGUUGGUGGGUGAUAUAGGCUGUUUCAGUGGUCCAGGGCUACUGCAAGAAGGCAUACACACACGCCCUCAUGUACCGCGAGACGCGUGUGGAAGGGCCUGAAGGCAAGAAGACGUACAAGAAGUACAAGUCACACAGGCGCCCGACCCCGAAGGAAUGGAGACAGUAGAUGGAUGGCGCAUUCUUGUUCGUUGAGCGGAAUUCUUUCAGUUUUUUCCCUGUUUUUCUGGAUGGAAUGUUGUACAAAAGCGACGUGUUUGUUGAAAGCUGGCACAUUUUUGCGACGGAAGUACGUUGGUGGGUGAUAUAGGUACGCUAUAGGCGCGGCAGAGGCAUUUGUGAAGUGGUUCAGGGUCUCCCGGUACACGUGUAGGUUUAUGGCGUGAAAAACAAAAAUCUGGAGUACGAAAAUAUAUGGGUGAAAAGUUUCUCUCGGGCCAAGGUCGGGGGUUCGAGACCCGCCGCGAGCACUUUUUUAUUUAUUUUUUUGUCUUUUCUCUGGCGACUCGCUACUCUUUUGCGCCAUGCUACGGGCGUUCUGAAGCUGUCUUUUUUUUUUUAUAUAAAUUCGAUCUCAGUCAAAAGUUAUGGAAAAACAACCAAAAUCGGAUCCUUGAAAAUUACCACUUUAGCGCACACAACACAGCAAGCAGAGGAACCAGCAUGCACUCAUCAUACCGCUAGUAGCGGAUUCUGCCUCGCCCAAGGCUCGCCAUCCCCUCGCUCCGUGUCGGGUGCGGUGAUGAGGGAGCGCGACCGUUGGGUUUCCCGGCGGUGCAGCGAUGCAGCUGGGGUUGAUUUUUUUUCAACUUAAGGCUGCGCCGCUGCUGGCCUUCGCCAGGCAACGUGCGGCGGAAUAUUUUUUGGUGUCAAUUUACCAACCGGUACCUAUUUUCGUGUCAAUUUGCCAACCGUGACUUUUUUUCGUGUCAAUCUAUCUCAGUCCAAAAUUUUCGUGUCAAUUUAACGUGGGAACCCAGGGAUAGGUUGAGAGUUUUGUCCUAGAUACACAGCAGUGAGUGAGUGANGCACACAACACAGCAAGCAGAGGAACCAGCAUGCACUCAUCAUACCGCUAGUAGCGGAUUCUGCCUCGCCCAAGGCUCGCCAUCCCCUCGCUCCGUGUCGGGUGCGGUGAUGAGGGAGCGCGACCGUUGGGUUUCCCGGCGGUGCAGCGAUGCAGCUGGGGUUGAUUUUUUUUCAACUUAAGGCUGCGCCGCUGCUGGCCUUCGCCAGGCAACGUGCGGCGGAAUAUUUUUUGGUGUCAAUUUACCAACCGGUACCUAUUUUCGUGUCAAUUUGCCAACCGUGACUUUUUUUCGUGUCAAUCUAUCUCAGUCCAAAAUUUUCGUGUCAAUUUAACGUGGGAACCCAG